AUGGUCUUGGCACCUCUCUUUAUCGAAGCUGGCGUCCUCUUGCGACUCGGCGAUCCGAAGUUGCAGAGUCUCUUGGGGACGUAUUUUGCAGCUUUCCUCUUUGCGGUGGGCUUCGCGCUGGACUGGCAGUCUCUGGAAAUCCGCUUUGUGGGCUAUGUGCUUGGGCUUGCACCCAUCUAUGUGCUCAUGCACCUCUUUCGCCGGACGAACAUGGCCAAGCUAAAGCUUCUGUCAGAUUUGCAGACGUUUGACUUGGCGCAAGCUGACUGCCGCACAGACUUUGACCGCGAGUUCAUACACCGGGCCAUCACUGAGUGGUAUGGGAGCAAGGAGAAUUUCACACAGUACGUUCGUGGGCCGCUGCGUGGCGAAUUGUUGGGUAGCAACAAGGAAAUCCUACCGCUCCAGUAUAUUUUGCUCGUUUCCACAGCGACGUUCAGUGCGUCGCUGGACAACAUCAUUGCGCUGGAUCUGGGACAGGUGCCACUUUACUGGCAGUUGGCCCAGGCCAUCGCGAACUGUUGCGGCUUCCACCUGUGCUGGUUCGUGAUGUUUCUGAAGCUUUGCAUCUUUCUCUGCGACCGCUUUGCCGCACCGAUGUUCCCCGGGCUGCUCGACUUUGUGCAGACUUUCGUCCUUUUCGGCGCUGGUGUUGCCUUUUACUACGUUGGGGCAGAGCUCAGUCGCAGGGCCUACCUGGCCAGCCUCGAGGCAUCCAUUGCAUGGGCUCUUUCCGCGUGCCUUUUGGCCGUCCUGUCUUUCUUCACUGAUCGGAUUGUCAAUCACCGGUUUCACUCAUCGCAGAGAGCGGACGGUUCCGCUGCACGCUCUGGUCCCUGA